AUGUACCCACAAGAGUUGAUUGACGAGAUACUCGACAACCUACAUGACUCGCCCUCUGCGUUAAAAGCAUGCUCCCUCGUCUCUCACCAAUUCUACCCGCGCACACGUGACUAUCUUUUUCGCUACGUUGAUUGUCCCCACCCAGACAAAGCGCAAAUCUUUGACAUCGUGCGCGACUCACCCAAACUGCUCCAGUGCAUCAAGCACGUCCAGUUCCAAUGCCUCAAUUUUUUUACCCCAGUACCAGACAGCCACUUGCGAGUUCUUGCACUCACUUCGAUCCCCGAUGACAUUGUCCCUCUGGGACGACAGCCUUCCGGUCCAGCGCUUGAAGGAACAAUACUCAAGCUCAAAGGUGCCAACUGGAGCACUUUCCUAGAGUUCCACCACAUCGUUCUCUGUUUUCCCAAUGUGACAGAGUUGCACAUAUGGAUCAUGUCAUGGCAGUUUGAUAUGUUAGGCAACCCCGCUGUGCCAGUAUCUCCUGCUCCUCGCAUCAAGAUUCUGCAUGUGGACAGCUUUGGCAUGAUCCCUGCAUUUUGGGAAGGGUUGCAUUCGUAUCGGUCUGUGUACCUUGAUCACCUGGAGGAGUUCUAUACUAUAAGCUACUUUUCGGAAGGCCCUGAUGCAAUUGUCCAGGCUGCAAAUUCAGCACCAAAGGGUCUAAAAGUUUUGGAGAUCACUUUCUGGGCCAAUGUCCCCCUUCUUCACUUGAAUGCUACUACUGAUCUACGACUCGGUAGUGAGCUGAACGACGACAUGCUGCCGUUCAUCAAGUGGUGGAUCAAGUGCUUCCAAGUAGUUGAGAAGGAGGCUAUCGUCAUGGAGCGACUGACCAUCAGGAUGGUAGGCCAGGAACGUCCUGUCACCCCCGGACAACUCGAGCCAAUAAAGAGAGCGUUCGAGGAGUUGAGCGACCUUCUCUCAAGGCUCGUCCGGAACGUGGAUCUGGUAUUCCAGUUAAAGGAUUACGAGGCUCACCCGGAUCUGUCUACAGAUUGUUUGAGAGGGGCCAUCGUAGAUGCGUGCAAGGUGCUGAGGAAGACAAACUCGAAGGCUUUUGAUAUGGCGGAGCGGACACUUGAUGUGCCUGUGUUCCCAUUCCCGGCUAGCAUGCGUAUUUUUUGA